AUGAUCGCAAUUCAAGAUUAUAAUAUCGUAUGUGAUCGAUUGCUUGCACUUAAAUCAUGGACGGAAGAAGAAAAAUCUUCUCUACUAGAUAUAAUCGUCGAUUGGAGGCGUCAGUUCGAAUAUUCAAUACCAGAACAAUUUGUACUGAAAAUGAAAAGUUUACGAAAACUUUUAACAGAUCAUAUCAUCAUCAAUGUCAUACUACCAGUAGAUACUAUUCUUGAAGUUAUACAAUCAGAAAAUAUUCCAGCUGAGGUAUGGAUUUAUUGUCUUCGAGCUAAAUUUCAAUCAAUGAUGAAUAAUGAUACUGACAAUCAGAAUACUAUUUCAUUCGAUUUUACACCAGUUAUUAUACCAACGAUUAAUUUUGAUCGACAACUGCCCAAUACAAAUAAAUCUACACAUCGAAAUAAAGAUGAAAUCGAUCGCUCAUGUCGUAAAGACGUGAAACUCAUUCAUGGACUUCUUUCAUGCGAUUCGGUAUCAACAUCAGCAAAAAUAUUGAUAGAGCCUUCUCCGAAAGAAGAACCAUUGGAUGCAUAUCAAGUGAUUCUAAGCGAAAAUCUUAACGAAUUGUAUCAACUUAAAUGGUGUGAAUCGGAUAUUAUCCGUAUUCAGGAUAAAUUCAUGAGUCCACAAAUAAGCAAUAAUAUUUCAUCAUUAAAAACAGCAUUACUGAUUAUCGAAACGAUUGUUACAAAUCAAAUAUCAUCUCAGUCACAUAUUGAUCGAAUCGUUAAAAUAAUUACUAAACAUCCAGUCAAUCAAUGGAUGGAUGAAUUAAACAAAAUUGUGGACGAACAAGGGAAAGCCAAAUCAGUUGAUACACUUCUUGCAGAACUAGCCCAUGAAAAUCCAUCUUUAAAUAUAAAGAAAUUAGAACAACGAUAUCGAACAGUAAUGUAUUAUUACGAAACAGAAAUAUCUAGCUGGACAUCAGCAGAUAUUCGAAAACAAUUUAUGUACAAUGAUGAACUCAAAACGAUUGCCAUUAUUAUUCAAGCUGCACAUCUUCAUAAACAAUAUCGUCCAAGAGAUAUUCAAAUUUUAUCUCUUCUUCUUCUAAUUGAUAAUUCGGAUAAAGGACGAUUAGCACAAAUACGUACUGGUGAAGGCAAAUCUAUCAUUGUUUCAAUGUUGGCUGUUUAUCUCUCACUUCCUCCACUGAAUAAGCAUGUCGAUAUAAUCACAACAUCUGAAAUUCUUGCACAACGUGAUGCUGAUGAAUUUGCACCUUUCUAUCAAAUGUUCAACCUUUCAGUUGGUCAUAAUUGUCAUGAACCUUCUAUAAAACCAAAUUAUAAUGUUAAUAUUGUUUAUGGAACAGUUGUUCAGUUUGCAGGUGAUCUUCUACGUACAGAAUUUUAUUUACAAACAGAAAUACGUGGUAAUCGACCAUAUGAUGCAGCUAUUGUUGAUGAGGUUGAUAGUAUGUUUAUUGAUCAACGUCAACAUUAUACUCAAUUAGCAUCAUUAACACCUGGUUACAAAUCAUUGAAUAUUAUUUUACGAUUUAUUUAUUCGUUCUUUCAAAAAUUUAAUAUUACCGAAAAGAAUGAAUUUGUUAUUCGACAAACUAAUGGAUUUUACAAAGUUGAUGCUGUUGAAUUUAUUCGCAAAAAAAUGGCCGAAAAAGAACUUAUUCGUUAUUCAGCCUAUCGUCAAAGUUACAUCGAUGGUAAAUUACCCAAAUGGAUACAAGGUGCAAGACGAGCACUCUAUCACUUAACACUCAAUGUUGACUAUGUUAUUAGUAAAGAUAGACAAAUUGUUGUUGUAGAUUAUGCAAAUACUGGUAUAAGUCAUAUGAAUGUGCAUUGGAGUUAUGGUGUACAUCAAUUUCUUGAAUUAAAGCACAAUUUACGUAUGACACCUGAACGUAUGUGUGAUUCAUUUUUUUCUAAUGUUACUCUUUUUAAACGAUAUCAACCACAUUUAUAUGGAGUAACAGGAACAUUGGGUGGUAAGGAUGCAAGAAAAUUUAUACAAUCUGUCUAUCAAAUCGAUACGUUCAAUGUACCAAAAUAUAUUAACAGUGUUUUUGAUAUUUAUUCAAGUAAAUUUAGUCAAAAUCGUGAAAAAUGGUUGCAAAAUAUCCGAGAUGAAUGCCGUGAAAUAGCCAUCGUUCAACGUCGAGCAGUUCUAAUUAUAUGUGAAACAAUUCUUGAUGCUGAAGACGUCCAAUUGGUAUUACGUUCACUAAAUUGUCGAUUGAAAUUAUAUCUUCGUAGUGAUCUAGCUGAACAUGUUAAACCAGAAGAAGUUCAUUCUGGUGAUGUUAUCGUUGCUACAAAUCUAGCUGGAAGAGGAACUGAUCUGAAAACAAUGACAGUUGUCAAUGAGAAAGGUGGUUUACAUGUAAUUGUUACAUUUAUGCCAAGAAAUUCUCGUGUCGAACAACAAGCAUUUGGUCGAGCAGGACGACAAGGUCAACCAGGUUCAGCUCGUUUAAUUGUUUACAAUGAAACUUUUGCUCUGCAAUUCCAAGGAAAUGUUGAUGAAGCUAUGUUAAUCAAUGUUUGGAAAGAUGUACGAGAUCAACAUGAAGAAAGUGAUAUGGCUGAAGCUAUAACAGAAGUUAAGCGAGUCGAAACGAAAGAUCGACUUCUUGUUCGUUUUCUCGACUUAACCCAUUCACAAAAACAUAAACUACCAUUUGCUAAUGACAUGUACAAACCAGGUUUUAGUUCACUUCGUGAAUUAUGGGCUUCAUUUUGUGAUGAAAAUGAAACUACAGCUGAACAACGUUUUCCACAAUUUGAAAAACAGAUUAAACAUCAAAUGAAUAGAUCAAUUGCUGUUUUAGAACAAGAUUCUUUCACAGAUGCUAACGAUUUAAUCAAGACUCAAUUUCAAGCAGUGAGUCAUUUAAUUGUUCAUCCAAAAUAUUUCAUCUAUGCUGGUUUUCAUGCUUUGUGUACGGAUGGUAUGGAUGAUAAUAGACAAGAAGCAUUAAACUUAUACAAACAAGCAUUGAAAAUUGAUGCACAAGAUUUUAUCGUACAUUAUAAUACAGUACCAUGUUAUAUUAAAAAUAAUCAAACAUCUAUCACUAGUGCUAUACAAGCAUUUGAUCAAGCAAUUAAUUUAUUGAACGUAGAAAUUGAAACACGUAAACUAUUAGAAAUUUUUCACGAUCCACCGAUAUCUGAUGAUAAUGAAAAAAAAACAAAUGGACCUGUCGAUCAAACGAGUCUUGCUGAAUUGAUCUAUCUUCAAAUAGUUCAUUCAACUUUUGAAGAAAGUCGUAAGCAACUAACACAAUUCGAUGAAAAUAAACAUGAAAUAACCUGUGAAUUUAAACAUUGGCCAGAAACAUUAGAUUGUUUAAAAGGUACAAAAUUUGAACCAUUAACAAAUAAUAUUAAUGCUGAACGUGAAGAAUGGCUUGGUGAAGGAUUAAUGUGGCGUUAUAUAUUUGUUAUUCAAACAAAACGAUGUUGGUGGAAAACUGUAUUUGUAUUCGUCAUGGGAGUAGCACAAAUUGUUGGUGGUGCUUAUUUAUGUUUAAAGGGACAAUUCAGAUUAGGUACAUCAUUAAUUCUUGACGGAGCUCUCGAUGUUUAUAAAGCAGCUGCGACAAAGAUUACAGCUGAUUUCGAUCUAACCAGUUAUUUUGAAACUAAAGUAAUCAAAUAUGGAAAAUUAUUAUUCACUCCAGGUGGACCUCUUGAGGCAGUGGCAUCAUUAGAAAAAAUUAAGAUGGUCGGAGUGGCUAUUGAUGCUGUUCGUCAGAUCGAUAAAAAUGGAUUCACAAUGAGCAAUUUAACGCAACUUGCUGAGGCUGGAAUGUCACUUGCUGGUGUUGAUCAGAAGACUGUUGAUUUUGUUAAAAAACUUCCAGAACGAAUUAAAGAUGCUGAAGCUUUACUUAGCGGUGAUAUAGAUAAAAUACUGGAACGAGGUCAACUGGCCGGUCUUCCUGUUCAGACAAUUCAACAAAUUGCUAAAAAUGGAUUUAAUUUUGAAACAGCCAAUCAACUUAUUAUCGAUGGUAUGACAAUGGCCGGUGUUGAUAAGAAAGCUAUUGAUGUAGUUAAACAAUUACCUGCACGAAUCCAAGAUGCACAAGUAUUGCUUAGUGGUGAUAUAAAUAGAAUAAUGAAACUAGACAUGUUAGCGGGUCUUCCUCUUCAGACUAUACAAAAGAUUAUUAAAAAUGGAUUUUCAGCAGAGAAUAUUACUCAACUCAUUGCUGAUGGAAUGACUUUUCAAGGUGUCGAUCAGAAAACUAUUGAUUUUGUUAAACAAUUACCUGAACGAGUCAAAGAUGCAGAAGCACUACUCAGUGGUGAUAUCGAUAAAAUAUUAGAACGUGGAAAAUUGGCUGGUCUUCCUCUUAAUGCAAUUCAACAGAUUGCUAAAAAUGGAUUUUCUGCCGAAACUGCUACACAACUCGCAGUUGAUGGUAUGACAAUGGCAGGUGCUGAUCAGAAAGCUAUUAAUAUAGUUAAACAAUUACCUGCACGAAUUCAAGAUAUACAAGCAUUAGCAAAUGGUGAUAUAAAACAAAUAAUGAAAUACGCCGAAUCGGCUGGUCUUCCUCUCAAUCUUGUUAGGCAGAUUGCUGUGAAUGGAUUUUCUGUAGAAACUGUUACACAAGUAGCUAUGGAGGGUAUGACUUUGGCAGGUGUUGAUCCAAGGAAAGUCGAUUUCGUCAGAAAAUUACCAGAACAAAUUAAAGAUGCACAAGCAUUGUUAAGUGGUGAUAUUAAUGAAAUAUGUAGACGAGAUAUCUUGACCGGCAUUCCAGUAAAUACGGUUCGUCAAAUUUUUAAAAAUGGAAUUACUCUAGAAGCUGCCACUCAACUUGCUCUAGAUGGAAUGAAUAUGACAAAUGUCGAUCCAAAAGCAAUUGAAUUGAUUCGACAACUUCCAGAACGAAUGAAAGAUGCAAAAGCAUUAUUCAGUGGUGAUAUAAAUGAAAUGUUAGAACGUGGUAUAUCAGCUGGGCUUCCUCUCAAUGCAAUUCAACAGAUUGCAAGGAAUGGAUUCUCCCCUGAUUCAGCUACACAAUUGGCUCUGGAGGGUAUGUCAUUAUUAGGUGUCGAUCCCAUGAAAGUUGAUUUAGUAAAAAAAUUACCCGAGAAAAUCAAAGAUGCACAAGCAUUAAUCAGUGGUGAUAUUAAUGAAAUAUGUAAUAGAAGUACAUUUGCUGGUGUUUCUGUCAAUGCUAUUCGUCAAAUAGUCACACCAAAGAACUCUGUAGAAGCUAUUAAAGAAAUUGCACUCAAUGGAAUGGCUAUUGCUGGUGUCGAUAAGAAUACAUUAGAUUUUGUCAAAAAAUUACCAAAAGGAAUUGAUAAUAUGAAAUUUUUACUUAACGGUGCCCUAGAAAACAUGUUUAGACAAAAUAUGCCAAGUAGUAUGGAUCAAUUAUUAGGAAUGUGUGCUCAACAAUCUUUGUUUAAUGGUAAAGAAAAAGAAGUAUUCAAAAUUAUUCGUCGACGAAUGCCUGCGGUGCACAAUGUAAUUAAUGGUGAUGGAGAAACUGUUCUCGCAGAUGCUUUUCAAACUUUCUGUAGCAAUGCAAGUAAUUUACCAUUGGCUGAUUUGCUUAUUAUUGUUCUACCAACUGCUCUGAAGCGAGUUGCUGAACGUGAAAGAGAAGAUAUUCAGGAUCUUUUCGAUUCAACUCUAGAUCAACUCAAAUCGGUGGUGUCAAGCUACAGCAGACAAACAUGUGAAGUGAUUGAUCAGAUUCUAAAAUCUAAUGAUAAAUGGGAUAUUUUCCAAAGAACCAAACAUCAAUUAGAUGAUAAUCUUUGUAAAUUAUUAAGUCCAGUUAUUGAUCGUGAGAAGAAGUUUCAAGAUGGCAUUAACUAUAUGAAGAAUAAUCUAGAUGCAAUUGAAAGCUGUUGUGAAUCUUUUCGUAUGACUUUUCAUGAAGGUCGAAGACAAGCAGCUCGUUUACGAAAAACAAUUGAACAGCAUAUAGAUUCCAAUAAUUUUCUAUUGAAACAAGCAAUAAAUGAGUUUGUCAAUGAAAUUACCAGCCAAAUAAAUCAAGAAAACAAUCAAGAACUAAUGAAAUUAUUGAAGGAACAUUUCAAUGAAAGUAUCAUACAACCCAUUAUAGAAAUGUUAUGUGAACGACAAAUGGAUGAAAAGGAUACUGAACUUGUUAAUGAUUUUACAAAUGGAAUCACUUAUGUACUGAAACAACAGCAACAAACUCGACAUUAA